AUGUCGCCUUCCAAUACGGCAAUCGCGUUUGGUCCUAGCGUCGAGGAGCUGCUGGAACGCAACAAGCAGUAUGCUGCUGGCCACAAGCCUAUUCCGUCUUUGAUGGCUCGGACGAGGAAUGAUCCCAAAACGAAUGGUCCUCAUGUGCUGAUCGUAUCAUGCCUCGACUCCCGUGCCAAUCCAUUGACCUUUUUGAACCUCGACCUUCGCGAAUGCCUCGUCCUGCGCAACGUGGCGGGCCGCUUCUCUUCAGCCGCAAGCGACAUUGCCGCGCUCGACACCUUCUUCCACAUUUCUCAGAUAAUCCUCGUGCAUCACAACAACUGUGGCGCAUCGCACGUCACCAAGCAGCAGGUCCUGGACGGGGUCCGCCAGAGGAGGCCCGAGUUUGUCACUACCACGGUGGGGGGCUUCGCGGGGCUCGAGGCUAGAUUGCCGAUGAAGGAAGACAACCGCGACUCGUUGGUGGAGGACCUUGAAAGAGUCAAGACGUGCGGGUUCUUGAGGAAAGAUCUGGUUGAUGGGAUUGUUGGGCUGUGGCUUGAUGUUGAAACUGGACUGGUUACGAGGGUGUUCCCCGACGGUGAUGGUAACUAA